AUGGACUCGCCCCGUCCCCGUAACUGGAACCAAAAGUUAUUUGCCACGUAUUUGGGCGGGACGGACAAGGAGAUCCACGAGUUGAGGCGCGUCUUGACGCAGUUGAUGAGCGCGCAUGGCAAAUUGGACAAAGGGUACAAGUCGAAGGCUGCCAGAACGGAACUGCAAGAGUGGAUACAGUCGAACUUGCACCGAUUGCCUGGCUUCGUCCAAGAUGCAUCUUUCAACAAGGCCCGGAUGGACGGGCUAAUAGGGAUGGCCUACAAAAUCAAGAACGAACAUGUACAUUAUCUUGCAGCACGCGGAAGACCGAACCAGGCCGCCGAACCCCCAUCGAGCACCUUCGAUCACGGCAGCAGCAUUGUCCGCAGAAGUCAGAGAGUUGAACGGGAUGAUAAUUAUCAGGCUGAUCAACCCCCAAGCAGUAUUCCAAGCAAUGCGGCUGAGCAGCAGGCCAAUGCAGUCGACGCGGCCGGGCCUGCAGUCACUGUGCAGGAAGAGACUGUCGCGGAGCCCCCGAGCAAAAGAGCUAGGACAACACCGACUCAAGCUGCUCCACUCCAACCACCCCUGCCAGAUCUGCUCUCUCGGAACAUAUGGGUUCUGAACGAAGUAAACCCCGCUCAGCAUGGUCUAUGCUCGAUGCAAGACCUCCUUACAAGCCCAGAAUCGCGCAAAAUCGAUUUCAUACCGCGGCUCAUUGACUUGGACUUUGACCAUUGGCUCUCGAUAGUUGAGGCGCAAUGUGGCUAUGACUUUACUGCACAUCGUUUGGAAUAUCGCCCUCCAGCGAAUGUGGUGUCUCGAUCGCUGGGCCUACCACCGAUCACGAUACCGUUGUCGACUCAAAGUCAGUGGCGUGGUGCGAUAAACUCGCAGAUUCAUGCCGAAGGUGGCCGAGAUCCUGUUUUUUAUUUGGUUUCACAAUCAGGAGAAGACGUACAAAAUCCAUCGACACCUCCGCUACCUUCGCCUUCAUCUGCGAACAAUGCUUCCCGCGCUCGCGCCCCUCUUGUCGUCAAGCAAGAGUACGUUGAGGAACAGCUAAGGCUCGCGGGAAUGCAAUAA